CCUUCCCUUCCGGUCCCACCCUCCCUGCAAUCUCUCUAUCACACACACCAGCACAACCCUCUCUCAAAGCUCUGCAACCCCCAAACCCCACAAACUUCAGAACCCCAACUUGUAUCUCACCAUUUACACAGUCUCUCUCUCACACACCCUCAAUCAAACACUUGAUGGGCAGCAUUUGAGCCAGGAGGGUGUAAAUCCAAGGUAAGGUUAUUAAAUUUUAGGGUUAUGGACCUGGAUAACAGACCCCCUCCCCACCACAGAACUCCCAGCAUAAGUAACAAUACUGGUGAGCUCCUCGUUUGCUUCGCCUCUCGUUCAUCUUCCUCCAUGAAGCUCUCCAAAUCUAUACUCAGUCCGGGCCGGUCUCGCGACCCCUCCGUCUCUCUCUCCAAUUCUCUCAGCCGGCGGCUGCGGAACAACGGCAGCAUCAAGGCCGGCCAGGCUUCCCCGAUGUUCCCCAAGAAGCGCGGCGGCUCUGCUUUCGAGAAUCCCGAGCCAUCUUCUCCCAAGGUGACUUGCAUUGGCCAGGUCCGGGUCAAGACCAAGAAGAAAGUGAAGCACGCCGGCGGUGGAAGCAGCAGAAGCCUGUCCAACAGACGAAAUGGUGAUCUGAGUUUCAGAAAAAGAUUAGAUCGACCGGGUUCUGCGGCCGAGGAAGACGACGCCGGGAACGAUAGGUUAUCCUCUCACCCCCCCUGCCUGCAGAGGAGUUCAAGCGUCCAUUAUCAGGAAUGCGUUCCUCACAGGAACCAGAGGUGGGUUCAUUUGCCAUUGACGAUUUGCGAAGCUCUCCGAGCUUUUGGUGCGGAGUUUAGCUGCUUGUUCCCAUGCCGGUCUUCGUGUUUCUCAGCUAACAAUGAAAGGGGAAAAGAAGGAAAAGAAAACGGAUCUAAGGAGGGCGGGGUUGACCACAAUGGGACACAUCAUGGAUCGUGUGGGGCGGUGUUCGCGAGAUGGCUGGUGGCUUUGCAAGAUGGAGAGGAAGGAGGAAAGGGUGGAAGCAGGGAGAUUCAGCUGGUGGUGGCCGGGGAUAGAGACCACGGAGAGGAAGAAGAGGAGGAGGAAGGCAGAGAAAGUAAUGCUUCAAUGCUGGGUUCAACAAGGAGGCGGCGGCACGUCUUUGAAGGUAUUGACCUAAAAGACGAAUCUUUUUUUCAAGUUCAGAAAGGUGAUGGGGAAGAAAGUGGAGGUGACAAAGACAAAGGGAGAGUUAGUAUUUGCAUCCCACCCAAGAAUGCUCUGCUUUUGAUGAGGUGUCGAUCUGAUCCUAUGAAAAUGGCCGCUCUAACCAAUCGGUUUUGGGAAACCUCAGAUAUUAAAGACGAAGAAGACAAUGAGGGUGAAGAAGAAGAAGUCGCCGGCCAUGGUGAAGAAGAAGAAAUGCUCAGAUCUGAAGUGCUGUCAAAUGGAUGCGCGAAAGAAGUGUCUGAACACAAUGUAUCUUCCUCUUCAUCUGUUGAGCAUGAAGAGGACCACCACCUUAGAAUGGAAGAAACAUCCAUGGGUGUGGAAGUUCUGUUAACUGAGAAUGAAAUAACUCAAUUGAAUCCAGAAGAGAAAGAAGUCGAUGAGAUUGAGAUUAAAAACGAUGCAGAAAAUAUGUUCAAAAGACUCGAAACAAAUGGCCUGAUUUCAUCAGAUCUAGAAGAAAUUGUUACGCCCUUAUCAUCUUCUUCAUCGGAAUUAAACUUCCCUGAAUCAAGUUGUGAAACAGAGGAAAAACUAGCAACAUUCCACAUAGAAGCUGCCCACCUCCCCCAAGAACCAGAAGAAGUUAAAGUUGAUGGAAGCCGUGAAGAACCCACAAGACACGAACUUGCACUGGAAGAAGGGGAAGAGGUAGUAGAUGGUGGGGUCGAAGAAGAGGAAGGAGAGAAUGUGGAAGAAGAAUCAAACGCACAGAUUGAUGAGAAGAUUAAUUUGAAGAUAGAAGUUAGCGAUGAAGAGGCUCAAGAGCCUGUAGAAGAUGACAGAAAUGUUGAAAAACAGUGGAAGUAUGAGGAAGAGGAGAAGCAUGUUUUGCCAGAUUGUUUACUGUUAAUGAUGUGUGAACCUAAGCUAUCCAUGGAGGUCUCGAAGGAAACAUGGGUAUGCAGCACAGAUUUCAUCAGAUGCAUCCCGCCGGAGAAGCAACAAGUCAAACCACCCAAGACCCACGGCGGCGACGCCAAGAAAAGACUCAUUACUGCAACAGACAACCCUACGCGGCCGGCAGCCCUGCACGACAGGAGCCGCCACCUCCUCCAGCCGCGCCGGUCGUCCUGCUCUCUCCCGCCGAGGUCAUCGUGCUCGCUGCCGCCGAGGUCAUCUUUCUCCCUCCCGCCGAGAUCGUCGUGCUCGCUGCCGGCGGUGGCAGUCCCCGGCGUUUCAAUGGCGAGCAUGAUCGAACAGAAGCUGGUCAAUGCAGUGGCCUACGAGCCGUUCGUGCUGACAAGGUGCAAGUCGGAGCCGAUGAGGACGGCGGCGGCAAAGCUGGCUCCGCCGGAGCCCUGUUGCUGGAAGAACAGCAAGCUGGAGGCCAAAUUCGGGUUCGGAGCUGCGGGUAUCGGGUUCUGACCCGACCCAUCCGAGCUGUCAAAAUUUAAAUAAAUACGGUGUCAUUUUGUCGUAAUGUAUAUUUUCUUGCUUUGUGAUAUGGAUAUUUUUCAACCUAUUAUGUGGAUUAGGAUAUUAAUUUUGUUUUUCAUAAAACGCUAAUUUCCAAUUUCCAGUUUCCUUCUUACAUGUAGUGUUAUUAUUGUGGUCUCCGCUUUGACCGUUCUGUCCCCUGUGUAAGCUGGAUUAUUUGGUGCAAAAUAAAUGUUUAAUAUAUUGUUGUCUUCUU